ACCAGCACAACAAUUCCCCUUAAAUCCCAAAAAUUUCAAACUCGUCUCAAGCAUCUUGAAUCAUAUUCCCCAUUCUUCGGAAGCCCCUUAGCAUCUCAGUAAAAAAUCCGGGUCUCGCAUACCACUGAAAAUUCUCAACCGUUUGUCCAAUGUUGCCCCCUCUGCCCCUCAACAUUCUUCAUGAAAUUCUGCCAAGUUUACAAUCCCCAGUUUACGUAAACUCGACAAGUCAGUCCUAAAGUGCUACGUUCCGAGUGCAAGUGUACGCCCAACAAGACAAUAAAAGUGAUAAAGACGAACCGAGAGUUUAACCGACGAUGAGACUGAUUUAACAUCUUUUUUCUACAAAAUCCAGCGAAUAACUAGUUUCACAGACUAAUCCAGGGGAAUAAAGAAUUUGCCCGCAGUGAAGUGAAUAUUAAAACUCUAAAAAAUAAUUAAAAAAUCAAUCGCAUGAUGAAUACCGAGCGCAAUUUUUCGUACUUCACGGACUCACCCCCGGGCACAAUAAUGAGGCUGAAAAUAGCUGACCACAUCUACCCCCUGACAAACAGCCUCAAAGACGUAUCUCACUGCGAGCCGCACAUCCUGAUCAAUUACGAGAAAUUCCCGCUGCAUUCCACCCCCCGUGACCCGUUGGAACCCACCCCCGAGAUGAAAUUGAAUCCCCAACGGAAGAGUCGCAGUUCCACGUCCCUAAUUCCGGAGAUGGCCCCGCGGCGCCAGAAAUCUGGUAUGUGCUCAGAAAAAAAGAGGAGAUACUCAAUCGGUGAUUAUCUGAGGCAUCAAAUCCUGGAGGACCUGAGCUCCCCGGAAAUUCUCGCCAAGAGUGACGAGCAGAUCGCCUUCGACAGAUAUCACCGGGUGCGCGCUUAUUUGGAUCAUAAUCCGAGAAGAUGGACUAAUUCACAUCCGAGUGAUGAUAAUGACUCGGAUAUACCUAGUGAUAAACCGAGGCGGAUCAGGAGACGGUAUUCGGAUAAUCGGAGGAGUGCGAGGGGGAACUACCGGCCGAGGAAGGUCCGGAGUGACGCCAACAUUCGGUUGAAUACCUUGUCGUCAUCAGACAAAGUGAGAAAGGAGAAGACGUCCUACAGGCGGACGAGGAGUGACUUGUCCCCGGGUUCAAUCAAUUCUGAUAGAAAUGGUUUCUGUCCUGAUGAAAAGCGUUCUCCGACGGUUGGGAGGAGCAUCUCUUGUCCUGCGAGGGAGUGGAUCCCCAGGACAGCUAGGAUCCACGAGAGUCUAGCUGAGAGCAGCGAUGAUGAUGAUGCUGAUGGAUUUGCUGAACGCGUGAGGGAUCUAUCCCGGGAUGAGGAGGACGCGUCCACCGAAGCCGAGACGAUUCUUCAGGAGAAUUAUCUGAUUGUUGAACCCAAGCUUGAGGACAUUGGGUACAACUCGAUACCCAAGGGUAUGGGUGGCGUCAUGGCUCGUGGGUGGAUGGAUUUCGGGGUGAAUUCCAAUGUCAAGAAGUCGAAUACCUUCAGGAUUGUGGACGGUGGGGAUGAGAAUGCCGUUGACGCUGGUGAUGAUGAUAAUGGUGACGGAUGGGGAAUGGGGAUUGUCAAUGGAUCUCAGGGGCCGGGGAGGGACAUGGCUGGGGAUUACUUCAGACGUGUUUACGAUCUACUGAAGUGUCGUCAAGUUGGGAGACGGAGUGAGGAUAAAAGUUGUGAUCCCUGGAGAUCUGGGGAGUCCUCGUCCUCGGACAUCGUUGAGGUGAGGGGAAGGAGGCGGCGGAGACGGAAGAGGCGAGAUUGGGGGAGAGGUGAGGGGGUCGUGGUUUCGCCUGGUGCGCAGGAUGCUUGGCGCCACCAGAUAAACAACAGCCAAGUUGACGAUGAGGAUAACACGAAUUAUCUAAGUUUUUGCCGGCCCCAACUGCGUGAUCUAUCGGACAAUAACAAACGUCGGCCACCACCACCACCACCGAUACCGGCCAAAUACAAAAUCAAUGCACGGGACAUAAGCAAAUACUUCAAUUAUCCGAAUAAGGAGAAUAGUCCUGGUUAUGUAGUUGUGGAUGGGAAGGUCGAUACGAAUGCGGAUAAGAUGGGGUCGAAUCUCAGUAGGCACAGUGAGAAAGGCCUCACUGGACGCAGGACACAGUCCUCCGGUAAUCUCUGUGAUCCAAAGGGAAAGCUCAAUCACGUUGGAAAGAUACUUGUGCCAUGCUCCAGUGGUCCACAGGAGAGGUACAAAAUCUCGGGAUCUCUGCCGAACAAUCUCGAUGACCAAGAGUCCCUGGAGGACGAUCCGAUAGACAACAAUAACGUGAUAUCAGACACGAUGAGCGGUAAUUUGGGGGGAACACUGCCGCACAAGAAGAGAAUUCACGGAGUGCAUUUCUCGGAUAGUCCAGUGCAGGCUCUGGAUCUUGUGAGAUAUCGCUCGCAAGAUUCAUUGGAGGGAAAUCCGUGGAGGUAUCAACAGGACAGCGACCUGGAUCUCGUCCGUUGCAAACACGGUAACUUCGACCUGGUGCGAAAAAAUCAGAGCGUAGACACCGUAGACUCGGCUGUUAGGUACUCACGUGUGUAUGAUGACAAGUACCACAACAAUCAUCUAGAUCUCGUUGGUACAUUACCAAAGAGGCGAAUCGAUCCAAAGUGGUGUGAUCCGUCUAGAAUUCAGGCAUUUCAACAGCAGAGUAACAAUCCCGAUGGAGAGUUAUUGAUGAAAGUUGUGCACAAACCGGAGUGCGAAUUGAUGAAGCAUCGUCAGUUUGAUCGGUUAACUGAUAUCAAAACGAGUAGACUUGGUGGGGAGCCGCAGGAUCAGGGAUAUGCGUCGGAGAGAUCACCUGAGGAUGAGCAUCCACCCUCGUUACCGGGUCAACCGAUUCUUCGUAUUGUUCCAGAGAGCACGUUUCGGGUGACCCUGCAGAAAAGUAGCCGUGGGCUUGGGUUAAGUGUAUCUGGUGGUGGUAGUGCUGGUCCAGUGAGAGUUAAAAGGCUGUUUCCUCAACAGCCAGCGGCACUAUCCAACAAACUUCAACCCGGUGACAUUCUUCUUGCGGCAAACGGCAUACCCCUCACCGAUCUCACCAACUACGAGGCUCUGGAGGUACUACGAACGACAUCGAGCACAGUCGAGCUUUUAGUGUGUCGACUCCCAGGGGAUGAGCAAAAUAUUUCACCCCCCGGUGCACCGCCACCCCCUCCAGCACGUCGUGAGCCACCUCCACCCCUGAGAUUACUCAAUCCACUUCCACCACUUCAGAUCGAACCUUGUGGGGAAUUUGACAUUGAGAUGACUAAAGUGGGCGGAAGUUUGGGUUUCACUCUACGUAAGGUGGAUAGCAGUGCUUUGGGCCAUUAUGUGAGGGCAUUGGUGCGUGAACCAGCAUUGAGCGACGGUCGUAUUCAGCCAGGCGACAAGAUUGUUGCGGUAGAUGGUGCACCCCUGUCACCAAUGAGCCACGAGGAGGCAGUUGCAUUGCUCAGGCAGUGUGGACCAAGAGUUAAACUUCGUCUCUAUCGAGACUUGGCACAGACUCCCGUAUCAGCAUUGUCACCGACUGAGCCCGAUCAUCCACUCCGUCCACCUCGAACGAGUCUGCGACAAGAGGCAAUGGACAUGCUCUGUGAUCUGGCUGUUCGCAAGUUGUCACCUGGCACAUCAAACGGCUCAAGCUGCCAGCAGACAUCUGGUACAUCCACAAAUUCCCCGAGAAGAUUACGAAGACCGGCUUCGAGAACACCCACUGGUGAACGAGACAACGAACCGAUAUACUCAUCGAAUCAGGUGUCAACGGGCAGUCAGGUUGACACAUCAGACAGCGAUCAGUGCUCGAUAAAGACCCAAAUAGCCAAAGGGUCAACGCCAGACGACAUAAUCGAUCCACCAGCUCUGUAUGACGCAUCUGAUUCAUUUGACUCGGGUAAACCAUCGAGACCUAAUUUUCUCAAUCUCGGUGGUCCCCUAGAGAAGCCAAAUUAUCAAUUCAGUCUGGAGUCUGAGCGAGAGGAGACCAUUAUCAUACCUGAGGGUAGUAAAAAUCCAAUCGAUUACAUCGAAGAACUCCAUCGUGAUAUAACGCAGGACAAUUCAUUGCCGUCCGAACCUGUCUCAAUGCCACCAAUUAUGUCCUCAAUUAGGACAAAUAGUGAAGCGUUUAGCUACAAGAAUCCUGCUUAUCAGAGUGCUAAUCCUACUUGCGGGGGUGGUGAUAAUGGCAGUGCCAAAAGUAAAAUUGUUCACUCGAGUGAUCAAGACAUUCCAGGAAAAGUGUUGAGCGGUGAGAAUCCAGGUGGUAGCAAGGGCCUCUUGAAGUGGAAGGGAGUGAUGUUUGCACCGGACGACGAGGGCGAAGGUGAAAUGGCUGAGCCCAGUGAGAGGGAGAGGAUGCGCGAGGAGAGCCUACAGAGGGAGGGAUAUAAUGUAUUCAUGGUAGAAUUGACAAGGGGAUGGAAUAGCCGACUGGGUUUCAGUUUACAGGCGGAUGUUAAUGGUACAGCCAUAUCGAUGGUGCAUCCAGACAGUGUAGCUGCUAAGGAUGGUAGACUGAAGCAGGGAGAUGUAUUAAUUAUGGUCAAUGAUGAGAGUGUUGAGGAAAUGCCAACUGCUGAGAUAAUUGAUCUACUGAGGAAGAUAAGGGGCUCCAUUGGCAUCACUGUUGCACGAAAAAAACGAGAUGGAACGUGAUAAUGAGGGAGUUAAUGAGCGAGUUUAAAUAAUUGCACUGAUUGACAGAAUUUUAAAUUCAUGAAAGGAUCACAGAGGGAUGGACAUUGUAGAUUUAAAUUUAUAAUGGUGUGCCUGACUGUAGUGAGGUGAUUACGAAGUACUUGCUACAGCAAAUUGGGUUGGACAUACUGAUUAAUUAAUAAUGUUGAUGGCAGAUUAAUUCCGUUGAAUCAACGGUGUAAAUUUUAAUUCUAUUCAAGGAAGUCAUUAUAAUGUAGUCGUCCCUUCUCGUGAAUAAUGUCAUGUUGAAUCAAAAGAUAUGUAUUUAUUUGAUGAUUAAUUGAUUAUAAGUUAGAUGAUAAUUGAAGAGGAUCUAUCAUUGCGUAAUGCCGUCAGGUCCAUGCGAAUAAUGUUUUAAUUGAGGAAAGAAGACCUAAUGUAAAUUGAUACUGGAGAGAUUAUUUAUGCCACCGUUGAAUUGUAUAGAGAAUGCAAUAUUUUUUAAUUGGUGAGGGAUUUUUAAAUGUCGUGCAAUAAUGUGAGGGGUUCUAUGAGGGAGUGCUAAUCAAAGAGUCAAUCAAACUAGAUUACUGAGGAUAUCACCGUAGAGUAUUACAAUAAAAUUUUUGUUACUUUUUUUUUGUAGGAAAAGGGGAAAAUUGAGAGUAUCAAUCGUAAAAUAGAUUGAUGGGAUCAAUGUGGCUGAAAAGAAUGAUUCAAAUGAGCCUAAGGUAUCAAAAGAUUUAAAAAAUCAAUGUAUGAAAUGUCUAUUAGAAAUUGUAUUCCGUAAAGUUGAAGGACGUUAAAUUCCAUUGAAGAACAAACAGAAAAACGUCAAUAGAUAUUGAUAAAUUUUUUUUUAAUGGAUUUUGUGACGAGAAAAAACCAAAUGUAAUAGAGAAAACUUAUAAAAUGUCUGUAGAAAAAUUUCGAGAGAAUAAGUUAUAUAAAAAAUGAAAAUCUAUUGACUUCUUUUCUCAAACAUCCAUGAACAAACGAAAAGAAUGUCCCGUAGCAUUUGAAUAGAUAUCCUAUGUAAUUUUUAUGAGAUUCCAAUAGAAAUUUAAAAUCAAUUUCCGAUUAAAAGCGUUUGGUUUUUCUAUUGAAUUUUUUCAUCUUGAAUUUUCCAUUCGAAUUAUCGCCUCUAAGUUCUCUAUUAUUGUUAUACUCAAGAAUAUACUUUUGAUCAUUCAUAAUCCGUCGACAUAAAUCCAUGGCAAAUGUGCUUGUAAUAAAGACAAAAUAAUAGCUGUGAGAAUAAUCACAAGUCACUACGAUAUUCUAACGAGUUUCAAUCAACAGGUUCAACGUUGAAUUUGAAAAUUAAAAUAAAAUGACGAGAGAUAUCCUGAACUCGUAUUUAUUCAGAUUUUAUUCAGAUGAGGAAAUGUAAAUAGGAAACGAAGUGUUCAGGUAAUUGACUGUUAGAGGCUCUGUAUUUUUAUUUCAAAGAUGCCUGUAAAAAAUUAAUCGAUAGGAGUAAUAACGAGGGGAAUUUAUUGCGUGGAUCGUAACUAAUAAAUAUUCUGCCUCAAAACGAUUCCAUGUACUUAUUAACGAUAAAUAAUGUUCAUCGAGGAAGACAGAUAAUUUUUCGAGUGUCCUUAGGGUUCAAAUUAGACUAUUGAUGGUGAGGAAUUAAUAAUUGGCGAUGAGUUGAGUUAAAUAAAUGUGAUAGGUAGUUUCUAGUUGACUGAUAGAACUGUCGAGUGAGGAAUAUCAAAAAUAAAUGAUGUUGAAUUCACGAUUUAUCUCUGAAAAUUGAUUAUUGGAGGAAUUGUACCAAAUGUUGAUGUGUAAAUAAAAUUGAAGGCUCUGGAUAGAUAUUUCAGCUGUUGAAAAUAUACUCAAUUCAAUUCAA